AUUUCAUUUAUGGCUGUUAAUCAGCAGUAAAAUGAGAGCCUGGGUAUAAAACAAUUCAAUUUUCUACAUUCACCCCAGAUGCAGUUCUAGGUGUUCAACGACCAGUUCGAUAACCCUUACAGAUGGAGGCUCAAUUAAUUGUCCUUUUUGUGAUCACAUUUGGGGCAGUGUCCAAAGCAGCGACGGAGACGGGACAAUCUGGAGGACGUUUUCCUGUUGAUUUACACGAUCCUGAGGUUAUUCAGGCAAAAGAAUUUCUCGUAAAACUGCACAACACAGAUUUUAAUCAUGAGAACGUUGUUGAGAUACGCGUAAACAAAGCAAUGAGACAGGUUGUUGCCGGAAGUAUUGUUUAUUUGCAUUACAGUCUCAUUUCAAAUGGCAAGAGGAUUGCUGAUUGCCAUGCAGAUAUAUUUUUCAAUGUUCAUAACAAGAUGUCACUAGUUAAUAUUGACGAAUUCGUAUGCCAAAAACCAUUCUACUAGUUAUAAUUUCAAAUAUAUCUAUAUAAGCUAUUACCAAAAAAUUGUCAUUAUAAACUAGUACUAUUAUAAACUAUAAGAAUAAACAAAUGGGUCAUAUAGGUGA